AUCAUACAUAAGCUUUGCCACUGUUUUCGACUUUUCGUACUUCAGGCCUUUGCGUUCUCAUUUCUCAGCUUUUUUGGUGGUUCCCCUUCUAUCUUUCUCGAUUCGAUACAAAGACCUGAUAUGAAACAAUUCUUGCAAUUCCUGUCUACAACCUCUACCAAUCUCAACAGUUUUGCAGUGAUUCAGAAGCAUUUGAAUACGAAGACAUUGGUUUCUCCUACUGUGAAAGCAAUGAGGUCUAAAAGACGUUUUUCGAAUUCAUCAGAACCUGUUUUACCAGUUGUUGAGAACAAGAAAGAUAAGAAGCUUAAGGGGUUGGAAGCAAGUCCAGUUUCCAAAAAGUAUAUUGCAAAGGAAAGUGAUGUUAACAGCCAUUCCAUUGAGAUUGAGAGGUUAAGGAAUGACCCGGCCAAAAUGGACACGUUGACUGUUGAGGAACUACGGAAAACAUUGAGGAGUAUAAAGGUCCCCGCUAAAGGUCGUAAAGAUGAUCUUUUGUCUGCCUUGAAGAGUUUCAUGGACAAUAAUGACUCUUGCGAGCUAGAUCCUCAAGCACGAGAAGAACAUGAGAAAAGACUCUUAGCUGCUUCAGAAAAUACAUCUAUGGAAGUGACAACUAAGAAGGUAUUUGAUGAAGACCCUGUUGAUGAUGUCAAUGAUAUUUCUGAGAUAAGUAAACAUAACGAGGGUAAAAGAAGAUUAAAGCAAUCCAGAUCUGCAAAGAAAACUGUCAAGGUGGCAAACAAGAAGAAGUUGUCAGUGAAAUCAGAUGAUGUUUCAGGUUGUAAGCCUUCUAGAGAAAAGAGAAAAGUAUCUUCAGAUAUCGUUAGUGUUGUUGCACAAUCAGAGGAGAUCACUACAGCUAUUCAAACUGAACCAUGGACAGUUUUUGCACACAAGAAACCACAAAAAGGUUGGAUUGCAUAUAAUCCUAGAACUAUGAGGCCCCCGCCUCUUACUCAGGAUACAAAAUUUGUCAAGCUUUUGUCAUGGAAUGUCAAUGGAUUGAGAGCAUUGCUAAAACUAGAAGGAUUUUCUGCACUUGCUCGAAGGGAAGACUUCGAUGUAUUGUGCUUGCAAGAGACUAAACUGCAGGAGAAAGAUAUUGAGCAAAUCAAACAGCAUCUAGUGGAUGGCUAUGAUAACAGCUUUUGGACAUGUAGUGUUUCUAAGCUUGGUUAUUCUGGAACAUCCAUAAUCUCAAGGAUAAAGCCACUUUCUGUUAGAUAUGGCCUUGGUGUAUCUGAUCAUGAUGGUGAGGGGAGACUUGUGACUGCAGAGUUUGAUACAUUUUACUUGAUAUGUGGAUACGUCCCUAAUUCUGGAGAUGGCUUGAGAAGACUGACAUAUAGGGUGACUGAAUGGGAUGCAUCUCUCAGCAAUUAUUUGAAAGAGCUUGAAAAGUCAAAGCCUGUAGUUUUGACUGGUGAUCUGAACUGCGCUCAUGAAGAGAUUGACAUAUAUAACCCUGCUGGUAACAAACGAAGUGCUGGGUUUACAGAUGAAGAGAGGCAAUCAUUUGCAACAAACUUCUUGUCCAAGGGAUUUGUAGAUACUUUUAGAAGGCAGCACCCUGGAGUUGUUGGAUAUACUUACUGGGGUUAUCGGCAUGGUGGGCGCAAGACUAACAAAGGGUGGCGUCUAGACUAUUUCCUUAUAUCAGAAUCCAUAGCUGACAAAGUUCAUGACUCGUACAUUAUCCCUGAUGUUACUGGGAGUGAUCAUUGUCCUAUUGGCCUCAUUCUUAAGCUUUAAAGCGGAACACUGGGUCUGACCUUGGGAAAACCUUUUUUUGUUUAAAUUAUUAUUUUAUAUUA